CUCCGGCACCAGCACUGGAGCCUGGUGAUGGAGAGCGUGGUGCCCUCCGACCGCGGCAACUACACCUGCCUGGUGGAGAACAGGUUCGGCAGCAUCCACUACAGCUACCUCCUGGACGUGCUGGAGAGGUCCCCGCACAGGCCCAUCUUGCAGGCCGGGCUGCCCGCCAACACCACGGCGCUGGUGGGCAGCGACGUCGAGUUCUUCUGCAAGGUCUACAGCGAUGCCCAGCCCCACAUCCAGUGGCUGAAGCACAUCGAGGUGAACGGCAGCAGCUACGGUCCUGACGGGGUCCCCUACGUGCAAGUGCUCAAGACCGCAGACAUCAACAGCUCCGAGGUGGAGGUGCUGUACCUGCGCAACGUCUCCGUGGAGGAUGCUGGCGAGUACACCUGCCUGGCAGGGAACUCCAUUGGCCUCUCCUACCAGUCUGCCUGGCUCACCGUGCUGCCGGAAGAGGAGCUGGUGCGGGAAGCCGAAGCCCCCGAGGGCAAGUACACAGACAUCAUCAUCUACACCUCGGGCUCGCUGGCCGUGGCCAUGGCCGCCAUCAUCGUGGUGCUGUGCCGGAUGCAGACUCAGUCGAGCAAGCAGCCCCUGGAGCCCAUGGCCGUCCACAAGCUCUCCAAAUUCCCGCUCAUCCGACAGUUCUCCCUGGACUCCAGCUCCUCCGGGAAGUCCAGCACAUCCCUGAUGCGCGUCACUCGUCUCUCCUCCAGCUGCGCCCCAAUGCUGGCUGGGGUCAUGGAGCUGGACCUGCCCCUCGAUGCCAAGUGGGAGUUCCCCCGAGACAAGCUGGUGCUGGGCAAGCCCCUGGGGGAAGGCUGCUUUGGCCAAGUGGUGCGGGCAGAGGCUUACGGCAUCGACCGAGACCGGCCAGACAGAGCUGUCACCGUGGCUGUGAAAAUGCUGAAAGACAACGCCACGGACAAGGACCUGGCUGACCUCAUAUCCGAGAUGGAGAUGAUGAAGCUCAUGGACAAGCACAAGAACAUCAUCAAUCUCCUGGGGGUGUGCACGCAGGACGGGCCGCUGUACGUGAUCGUGGAGUUCGCUGCAAAGGGCAACCUGCGCGAGUACCUGCGUGCCCGCCGC